GGGAAAAAAGUAAAAAGGAGGAAGACGAGAACCAUGUGGUUGUGGUUUCUUUAAAAUAACUCUUUUUCUUCGCGCUGUUUUGAUGGAUGGCGUUGGUUGUCGGGUUGUCCGUGGCCCAGACUGGAAAUGGGGCAAACAAGACGGCGGAGAGGGUCAUUUAGGAACCGUAAGAAGCUUUGAGAGCUCCGAGGAGGUCGUGUGUGUUUGGGACAACGGCACUGCCGCAAAUUAUCGCUGCUCUGGCUUCUACGAUCUGAGGAUACUCGACUCUUCUCCAACAGGAGUGAAACAUGAAGCAAUCAUGUGCGAUGGCUGUCGUCAGCACUCCAUAUUUGGAAUUCGAUGGAAAUGCGCAGAAUGUCCAAAUUAUGAUCUCUGCUCUGUGUGCUACCAUGGUGACAAGCACUCUCUCAGACACAGGUUCUAUCGAAUUUCAAAUCCUGGAAAUGAAAGAGUGUUAAUUGAGUCAAGAAGAAAAAGCAAAAAGGUGACGGCUCGUGGGCUGUUUCCUGGUGCCAGAGUUGUCCGAGGAAUUGACUGGCAGUGGGAGGAACAGGAUGGUGGAACAAGUCGACGAGGAAAAGUUACCGAAAUUCAAGACUGGAGUUCUUUAUUCCCCAGAAGUGCUGCAUAUGUCCUGUGGGAUAAUGGAGCUAAAAAUCUUUAUCGUGUUGCGUUUGAAGGAAUGUGUGACUUAAAGGUGUUAAGUGAUUCAAAAGGCGGAACAUAUUACCGUGAUCAUUUGCCAUUGCUAGGUGAAAGCGCCAGCAGCAGCAAUCAUCCUCAGUCUUUGAGUGAGUUUCAAGUUGGUGAUUUAGUAACGGUUGAUCUGGAGUUAGAAAUUGUUCAAUCUUUGCAAAAUGGUCACGGUGGCUGGACAGAUGGAAUGUACGAGACAUUAAGUACAGCUGGAACAAUUGUUGGUAUUGACGAGGAUCAUGAUAUUGUUGUGACGUAUCCCAGUGGAAACAGAUGGACAUUCAAUCCUGCUGUUCUUACCCAAGUAUCAGGAGCAACCGGGGGUAGUAGCGGUGCAACAGCAAUGUCCCCUUCUACCCCACCUAUCACCUCCCCUGCAGCACAGUUCAAUAUUGGAGAUCUUGUACAGAUAUGUAAUGAUGUGGAGAGGGUGAGAGGCCUACAACUGGGGCAUGGGGAGUGGACAGAGGCCAUGGAGGCGACUCUUGGGAAGAUUGGACGUAUUCAGCAAGUUUAUCCUGAUGGUGAUCUUAAGAUUGACAUCAGUGGAACCUCCUGGACGUACAAUCCUUCAGCUGUGAUCAGAGUUGCUUCAUCAGAGAGUUCCCAGCUUGCUGGCUCGUCUGGAGAACGUCUCGGCGCUCUUCUCAAGAAACUCUUCGAAACUCACGUGUCAGGAGAUCCUGUGGAAGAGCUUGUUAAAGCUGCAGCCAGCGGAGAUCUGCCUAAAGUUGAGGAUGCUUUGAGAAGAGAAAUAGACAUGAAUGGUGUCUUUUCUGGUCAUACGGCUCUGCAAGCCGCCAGUCAGAAUGGACAUUUAGACGUGGUCAAACUGCUUAUCAGCCUCGAUGCUAAUCUUGAAAUCGAGGAUAAAGACGGUGAUCGAGCGAUGCAUCACGCGGCCUUCGGGGAUGAGUCUGAUAUUGUCCAAGAACUGGGCAAAACUGGAGCUGAUCUUAACGCUAGAAAUAAACGUCGUCAAACGCCAUUACACGUUGCUGUUAAUAAAGGACAUGUACUGGUUGUUAAAGUCAUGUUGGAAUUGAAGUGUCAUGCAAGUUUGCAGGAUUCCGAUGGCGACACCCCCCUGCACGAUGCAAUUGCAAAGAAGCGUGAUGAUAUAGUAGCACUGUUGUUAGAGGGGGGUGCGGAUAUUACAUUAUCAAACAACAAUGGCUUCAACUCGCUUCAACAUGCCGCAUUAAGAGGCAAUCCGAGUGCGAUGAAGAUUUUGCUGAGUAAGUUACCUCGGGCGUGGAUUGUUAAUGAGAAGAAAGAUGAUGGAUAUUCUGCUUUGCAUCUCGCUGCUUUGAACAACCACGUUGAAGUCGCCGAGCUUCUUGUUAAACAGGGUAAGGCUGACAUCAACAUUCAAAACAUUAAUCUUCAAACACCUCUUCAUCUUGCCGUGGAAAGACAGCAUACUCAAAUAGUUAGGCUUCUUGUUCGUGAAGGAGCGAGAUUAGAUAUUCCUGAUAAAGAUGGCGACACAGCCUUACACGAGGCACUGAGGCAUCACACCUUAUCACAGCUUAGAUUACUGCAAGACAGACAAGAUGUUGGAAAGUUAUUAAUGGGACUUGGUAGUCAUGGCGGUGAUAAGAAAAGCAGUGCUUCAAUAUCGAUGUUCUUGGCCGCCAACGGAGCUGAUUUAUCGUUCAGAAACAAGAAAGGACAGAGUCCUCUGGAUCUUUGCCCUGAUCCGAACCUGUGUCGAGCUUUGACGAACUGCAACCGGGAGAGAAACACGGAGCAAAUUCCCAACAACCAACUAGCUGUAGCCAGUGCGGCUGCGCAGAACGAGUCAAUGGAAGACGAGAAACAUGACGAGUGCAUGGUAUGCUCCGAUGCACGACGGGACACCUUAUAUGGUCCUUGCGGUCAUGUGACUACAUGCUUCGUGUGUUCCUCGCGGGUCAAGAAAUGUCUUUUAUGCAAGGAACCAGUUCAGUCCAAAACUAAGAUUGAGGAAUGUGUCGUGUGUUCCGAUCAAAAAGCAAGUGUUUUGUUCUCUCCUUGUCAACAUAUGAAUGCUUGCACCGGCUGCGCGGCGCUGAUGAAGAAAUGUAUUCAGUGUCGUGAAGUGAUUCAAACGUCAAUUCCUUUUAUCGUGUGUUGUGGUGGACGAGAACCUGAGGAACUUACGACGACUUGUUCUCCAAAGAGGGAACUCACUCAACAGGAUAUUGGAACGCUGAAACAACAGCUACAAGAGAUCAAGGAACAGACUCAGUGUCCUGUGUGUUUGGACAAGCGAAAGAAUUUGGUGUUUCUCUGUGGUCAUGGGACGUGUCAGUUGUGUGGGGAUCGGAUGCACGAGUGUCCCAUCUGUAGAAAACCCGUUGAGAAAAGGAUCCUGCUUUUUUAAAAUGACCACGAAUGAGGAACGUCUGUUCGUGAGCCUCGCUGAUUUUAUCAGUUGAGUCCGGCAGCUGUUCAAGAGUUGGUUGAACAGAAACGUAAUUAACUACUAAUUGUAUAUAUAAAUAAAAAGAUACUAAUAUUUGUGUGUAUUAUACAUGUGCAAGAAGUCUAUGAGACCGAUUUCACGUUGUGUAUGAAGACUUGUGAAAAAUACGAUGAUUCGAAGGUAAACGUUGAUGUCUUAAUGUGGCUUUUGGAAGACAGAAAUAAUCUGUCUGCAGGAAAAACCACGAAAAUAUCCUUUUAAUAAAAACAUGACCGCCAGAAACAUUCUCAUAUAGUUGAAGUUCCGGGUUUAUCAUGC